UUUUAGAUGAGAACCCCAUUUCUUUGUUGGCUUGUAAAUCAUAGCGAAUCUUUUCGUAUCAUAUUGCAUCUUAAUUUAAACAACCAAUAAUUGCAGGGUAGUCCCAUAACUCCACACAUUCGUAAAUAUCAAACAAUAAAAUAUAUGAUGCAUGAUACGCGCCGAGGGUGGCUCGAUUGUGUAUAAAUAGAGGCUGUCUCUCUCUCCACAUUGGAGUCACAAGUUGUUUAGAGAGAUAAGAGUCGAUUGUUUAGAGAAAGAGGGUGUGUUGGUAGUGGGUUAGAGAGAGAAAAGUAUGGCAUGUGAGGUAGAGUCUGCUUAUAUCCAGCCCACGGAUACUCGGCCCGAUCCAACGAUCCAAGUCGCGCAGGGCAUCCCCGUGAUCGAUCUCUCACCGUUGGAUUCGGGGGACAAAUCUCAGGUAAACCAACUAGUGGAGGAGGUGAAGGCUGCUCUCAAAGAGUGGCGCAUGUUUUUCGUGGUGAAUCAUGGCAUUCCGGCGGACAUCCGGCAAAAUGCCGAUGAAAAGAUCGCCCAGUUUUUCGCCCUUCCAUUGGAGGAGAAGCUCAAGGUUCAGAGGGACUUUAAGGACACGCUGGGUUAUUUUAACAAGGAAUUAACACAUAAUACAAAGGAUUGGGUGGAGGUUUACGACUAUUUUGUGAACAGUCCGGUUGAGUUGCCGGCAAAUGCGGAGGCUGAUUGUCCAAAGAUGGUGACACUCGCCAACAAGAGGCCCGAGAACCCACUCGGUUUCGUGGAAGCAUGUGACGCUUAUGGGAAAGAGGCGGAAAGAUUAGGGUUUCGGCUUUUGGAGGUGAUCGCUCUGAGCCUUGGCUUACCGUCCAAGAGGUUCCAAGCUUACUUUGAGAACAGUGGGAGCUUUAAUCGAGUAAAUCACUACCCACCUUGCCCUUCCCCUUCUCUUGUGCUUGGAAAGGGGUGCCACACCGAUGCUAGUGCACUCACUGUGCUCGCCACUGACAACGUGAGUGGCCUCGAAAUCAAAAGGAAAGAUGGAAAGUGGCUCAAGGUUAACCCUCUUCCUGGUGCCUACAUCAUCAACACGGGUGAAGCCAUGAAUGUAUUUAGCAAUGGCUACUAUGAAAGUCUUGAACACAGGGUGGUGGCGAACACUAACCAGCACAGGUAUUCGAUGGGCUUUUCAUUUGGACCAGCAAGCCAUGUUAUGGUAAAGCCUCUUAAGGAGCUGGUGAACGAGCUCAACCCACCCAAGUUUAAAGGUUUCAUGUGGGGCAAGUUUUACAGGUCCAGGAGGAACAGUAACUUCUUGAGGCUCAAUGCUGAGAAUUUAGAAGCUCGCCACUUCAAAAUCAAUCAAUAGGGGACAUCCAUCUCUCUCUAAAUUAAUCAAAAGGAGCCAUCUCUCUCUCAUGUUCAGGCCCUUCGUUGAUUGUUGGGACACUGUUAUAUCACCAGCCCUUUCGCUUGAGUGUGCCAUUGGGUGUGUGUGUUUAUAAUAAAUUGCUGUUGACAUUGAACGGCUCACUAAGGUGGAUGCAUAAUUUUAGUCUUUUUCUCU